AUGAGUGGAUUUAACAUCAUAUGGGUAGGACUUUCGUGUGGAGCACUCGUUUUAGCUUCUUACUUUUCUGUUCGUAAAGGACCAAAUCAAACGUGGGCUAUUACAUAUUUAGCACAACUUCAUCCUUUAAUAAAACCAAGACGUUCUCACCCAGUAUAA